AUGGACUUUUUCUCCGCUACGCCCGCAGUGGCCGUGGCAUCGGCCCUCUCUGUAGCAGCAGGUGCCUAUUUCAAUGCAAAGCUCGCAAUCUCGACAGAUCUUUCUCAGAUAUUCGGUGACCGGGAUUUUGGCAAACGGCUCGGACAGCGCCUGGCUCAGCUGGGCGAUACCGCCACAUUAUACAAGGUGCUCCAGCGUACUGUCGAGGUAGAUGGACACGGUGAUGCGGAAGCUCUCUGGUUUGAGAACAAGACUUGGUCGUAUACACAAUUGAAGGAUUUGGUCGAUCGUUUUGCUGCUUUACUUCAUGACCGCGGCAUCAGGACUGGUGACUUUGUUGGUGUAUUCACAACAAAUUCGCCCGAGAUGGUAGUGACGAUGUAUGCACUAUCGAAGUUGGGCUGUGUUGGUGCUAUGAUCAAUACUAACUUGCGGGACGACACAUUCACCCAUUGUCUCAAUGUUUCUGACUCCAAGUUCAUCAUCUCAACCCCCGAUCUAUCACAGUUUGUCUGCGGGGACCUGCCACACUUCGCAUUCAACAUUUCAUCAUUUGACGAUAUCCCCACAGGCUCAAUAGAGCUGAUCAGUACAGAAGACUUGCAUCGAGCUUCUCCGACCGAUUUGCAACCAGCUAAGCGUACUGUGAAAGACUUGACAGUCUUAAUCUAUACUUCAGGAACUACCGGAAAGCCAAAGGCAUGUGCAAUCCGUAACAUGCUGACAAUGGUAACUUCCAUACCACUAUCAAGAGACUUGAACAAUCCAUCCAAGUACUUCCCUCUGCGCACAUAUUCACCUCUUCCGCUAUUUCACGGCACUGCUUUCCUUACUGGACUAUGUUAUUGUCUGGGCGCUGCUGGAACACUCUGCCUGCGCCGGAAGUUCUCUGCAUCCCAAUUCUGGAAAGACGUGCACGAUUCUCGCGCAACUCGAAUCCUGUACAUUGGUGAAUUGUGCCGCUAUCUUCUCGCAACUCCACCAUCUCCAUACGAUAAGGAUCACCAGUGUAUCGUCGGUAACGGCAAUGGGUUGCGAGGCGAGAUCUGGGAGCGGUUCAAGGAGAGAUUCAAUAUCCCCGAGAUUCGCGAGUUUUACCGCUCGACAGAGGGAGUAGCCAAAUUUGACAACCACGGUCCUGGCGUUUGGGGUGCUGGCAAGGUUGGAUUCUCGGGUCCAAUGCGUCGGUACUUGGAAGAUGACACAUUCAUCGUUAAGUAUGAUACUGAGACCGAGAUGCCCUGGCGCGACCCUGCCACUGGACUCUGUGUCCGGGCCAAGCUAGGCGAGGAAGGAGAGGUGAUUGGUCGUGUGCGUGACCGUGGACUUUUGAUAGAAUACUUGCACAAUAAGGAAGCUACCGAGGUCAAAUUGCUGCGUGAUGUCUUCAAAAAGGGAGAUUUGUUCCAGCGCACAGGCGACCUCCUUGUGCAGGAGGACUCUGGCUGGGUCAAGUUCCAGGACCGUGUUGGUGAUACUUUCCGUUGGAAGGGUGAGAACGUCAGCGCGGGCGAGAUUCGCGAUCAUAUUAGUGGGAUUGAAGGUGUUCAUGAUGCUGUGGUUUAUGGUGUGAAGUUGGCCGGAUAUGACGGUCAAGCUGGUGCUGCCGGUAUCACUCUGGAAGAUCACACGUCUGCUUCUGAGAAAGAGUUCAUAUCUCAUUUGUAUAAAGAUCUGAAGAAAUGCGGUGUACCGUCGUAUGCUUUGCCUCGGCUGGUCCGAUUCAUCGACAAGGUUUCUACUGGAGUCACCUUCAAGCAAGCAAAGGGUGAUCUAGUACAGAAGAAAUGGGACCCCAAUGGUCCUGAUGGCGAUGGGCGCAUCUACUGGCUCAACGGGACCAAUUAUCAGAAGUUGGAUGAGAAAAGCUGGGCUAGUAUCGAGGAUGGUAAGGCCAAAUUAUAA